AUGGCGGACGUUGAGAACAAAUCCCCCGAGCUUCCUAGCCCAGAGCUACCUCAGCACGAGGAAAUACCUUCGGCUUCAGACAAGGACAUCCUGUCUGGCGAGGAGACGCCUGGGAUUGCCUCUGAAAUCGAGAUCGAGGCCGAGAAGAAAAUUCCACUGAAGGAGACAGCGAAUGGCAAGAAGGAAAAUAUCCCCACAAAGCGUGGUCUGGUCAAGCGUCCAGCUGUACCAACAACAGCAACUGGGUCGAAGCCCACAGCUUCCACUUCCUCUCGCACAGCUUCUAACGGUGGUCUCUCGAAGCCACCAACACGUGCGCCGGUUGCAACGGGUGCCCGGAAGCCAGCCAGCAGUGCGACUGGCCCUACAUCAUCGAGCUCGAGCCAUCGUACCCAGCCAUCAAUUGGAGGUUCUGGUGAUGAGAAGAAGAAGCCGCUCGCCGCCACCGCCCGGAGGACAUCUCUGGCGCCUACGGGAGCCCAUCAACCUCCGGGGAAGGUUGAAACACUCGCGGAAAAGCGAGCCAGCGCCUCUUCAUCUGUAUCUACGACUCGAAAGCCCGCUACCUCCACCAGCUCCUCGAGCCCUAAGUCAGUUGUGAAGCCCACCACAUCCAGUGGCACCCGAACAUCCGGAAUCGCAAGCAGCACAACCAACAGAUCUGCUCCCGUCUCAAAGCCCGCCAGCUCUUCGGUUGCUGAUGCGAAGAAACGUCUGUCUGCUAUUGCCGGAACGCCAGCUACGAAAUCUUCAGCCCGACCUACUAGUCAUGUAUCGGCUGCGGCACCGUCGAAGGAAAGCGAGGAAUUAAAGGCUAAGUUGGAAGACAGCGAGACUCGCGUUGAGGAGCUCAAGAAGGAGAUCGAAUCCUCACAGGAAAAGUUGUUAGAACUCGGUACACAAGUAGAGGAGGAGGCCAAGCGAGUCACCGAAGCAGAGGAGAAAAUCAAGACUCAGCACAGUGAGAUUGUCGAGAAGUUGCAUGCAAAGCACAAGGCGGAUGUCGAGGAACUGCAAGCACAAUUGGUAGAGGCUGAGAAGGCUCAGGCUGCGGCCCAGGAGUCAUCGUUGAAGGCUAUCGAGCAGGCACAACAAACAGCCACCAUAAAGGGUGCUUCAGAGACGGCUGAGGCUCUUGAGAAGCUGAAGGCCGAGCACGCAUCUGCAUUGGCAGUACUCAACAGCGAGUUUGAGACUGCGAAGAGUGCUCAUCAAUCUGCUAUGAGUGGCGCUUUAGAGAAGGAAGCCGAGAUUACAGCAUUGAAGUCUCAGAUUUCCGAGGCUAACGCGGCUCUGGAAUCUCUCAAGGCCGAACACCAGCAGACUUUGAGCGAUUUGAAGCAGUCCUUGGCUGCUGAGCAUGAGUCCGCACUUGCAGCUAUGAAGGCGGCUCACACAGCACAGCUUACGAAUGGAUCCACCGAGAUAACCGCUACCUACGAGAAGCAAAUUGCAGAUCUGACUCAAAAGCACGAAGCUACGACUGGUGAGCUCCAGAGUAAGAUUGAGGAAUUCACAUCUGCCCAAGCCGCCCUGGAAGCCAGCCACAAGCAGAAGCACGAAAGCCACCAGAAGGAGUCCGUGGCAAAAGUAUCCAAACUUGAGGCAGAGCUCGCUAUUCUGAAAGAAAAGUCCGAGAAAGAUUCUGAAUCACUGACUCAUUCCGCAAAAGAGGUUGAGGGGCUUAACGUGAAGUUGGAGUCAACAGGAAAGCAACUGUUGUCGGCGCAGGAUGAAUUGGCCAUUGCGACCAAAGCACUGGCAGCUAUUGAAGCCAAAAACUCCGCGGGCGAGGAAGCUCUGGCAGCCGCCCAAAUCGAACUAGCGAAAGCAAAGGAAGAAGUCACAAGCCUUCGGAAGAUCAUGGAGACAUUUGAUGCGGAUAGUAAGAGCCAAGCGGAGAUACACAGCAAGCUUACAGCCGAACUUUCUUCCACAGCGCAGAGCUUGGAAGAGAAGACAAAGGAGAUUUCUGCACUGAAUGAGAGACACCGCAAGGAGCUGGAAACUAUCUCUUCCGACUACCAGGCUGAGAUCGAUGCAUUGCAGGGAAUUUCGGAAAUCAGAGUAGAAUACGAAGAACUGAAGGUGAAGCAUCAGGAACUGACAAAAUCUCUCGAAGAUGCCUCCGCAGCUCAUGCCAGGGAGGUUGAGGCUCUCCAAGCCACGCAUGAAGAACUCAUCAAAUCCCAUGCAGAUGCCACAGGAAACCACGCCGAGCAAUUGGAGAAGAUUAAGCAAGAUCAUGCUGCAGCGGUCGUCGCGUUGGACAACAAGGGAAAGGAACACCAAAAGAUGAUCGAGGAUUUGAAGGCGACACAAGCAAAGGAUUUGGGUGAUGCCCACGACAGAGCCACCACGGCCCAGAUUGCUAUUCAUACCGCUGAGCUCAAGCAGAUCCAGGAAGGCCAUGCCGAAGCUCUCUCCGCUUUGAAGCAACAAAUCGGGAUAGAUCAUUCAGCCGAGCUGCAAAAGCUUCAAGCCUCUCACGCAGAAGCCAUUGCCAAUCUGACACAACAGCAUUCUGCAAGUCAGACAUCUGCACUUUCCGAUGCGGAGGCACUCAAGGAUGCCGAAGCUGCUCUGAGAGCAGAGAUCUCCAAGACCAAUACUGAGUUAUUAAAGGCACAAGACGAGCUGGAAGCCUUGAGGCAAGAUCUUGCUAUCGAAAAGAUGGCAAAGGCAGAGGCCCAAGCCGAGCUGGAUUCUGCAAUGAACAAACGAGCAGACACCUCGGAGGUUGAUUCUUUGCGAAGAGAGUUACAAGCUUUGAAGGAUCAGCAUCAAGCGGCUUUGAUGACGGCCCAGCAGGAAUCAGCAAAGGCUACUGAAGAGCACCUCGAAACCAGGGCAUCUCUGGAAAAGGCCUAUGCCGAGCUCGAGAGACAGAAAUCAGAAAGCCGCAAUGAUUACAAAGAUAUGCAUGAAUCCAUGACAGAAAUGGUCGAGGAGGCAAACAAGAAAGCUGCGGAUUUGGAAGCACGGACAAAGGAGCUUGAGGCCAAUCUCAAAGUGAAGAAUGCUGAGCUCGCCGAGGCCAAAGUCACAAAUGCUCCCCUAGCUGCGCCAAAGACUCCAACGAUCGGCAAAUCACCCGGCCUUGCCGCAAGUCGAUACGCCGAAGAAAGCGACAUUAACCCAGAAGUAAAGGCGGAAGGUGAGCAUGAUAGUUCAUCAGCCGCGUUGGCAUCGUUGGCGAAAGCUAAAAUCGCUCUCGAGCAAAUGGAUCAGAUGAACGAGGAUCUAAAGAGAGAAAACCUGAGUCUAUUUCCAACAAUCCACCAUCACCUUCACCUCAACAUGUUUGAGCCUCAUCGGCCCGACCCCACGAUAUCCCAGAAACAAAUCCUCUGA